AUGGAUUGUAAAAAUAAAAGUAAAUUCGAAGAUUUACCUGAUGAAUUAUUACUUUUAAUUUGUCGUUAUUUAAAUAUAAUUGAAAUAUUAAAUGGUUUUAGUUGUUUAAAUAAUCGUUUAUCUAAAACAAUAAAUGAAUUUAGUGUAAAAAUUGAUUUAAAUAUAAUUCCAUCAAAAUUAAUAAAUCGUUUUCAAAAUGAAAUAUUACCUAAUAUAAGUUCGAAUGUUCGUUCAUUAAUAUUUAAUGAUAAUUUUGAACGUUUUUCAAUAAAAUUCGAAAUGUUUAAUAAUUUAGAAUCAAUACAUUUUUUAAAUUCAUUUUCAGAAAAUUUUCUUUUUAAUAUAAAAGAAAUAAAAAUUGAUUCAGUUCCAGUUGAUAUUCAAAUUGAUUUAAUAAAAAGAUUUUUUUCAUCAAAUCAAUAUACAAAUUUAAAAAGUUUACAACUUAUUUCAUUUCAUGGUUUUACUUUUUCAAAUAUUGAAUUAAAUAAUUUAAUUCAAAUUGAAAAUUUAAAAAUAACUUUAAAAAAUAAUGUUUCUUUAUUUGAAUUACUUUAUUUAAUAUCAUCUUCAAUUGAAAAAUUAUAUAUUCAUAUACUUUAUAAUGGACCAUUUAAAUCGUUAAAAUCAUAUUCAUUACCAUUAAAAUUAAAUAAACUUAAUUAUUUUCAUUUAAAAACAACAUUUGAAGAUUCAAUUCAAUUUAAACAAUUAGAAAAAUUAAUAAUUGAUUCAUUUUAUUUUAUUCAAUAUUUAUCAAUUGAAACAUUAACACGUGAUCAAGAUUAUAUUGAUGGAUUUAAAUGGGAAAAUUUUUUUAAAAAAUUAAUUUAUUUAAAAAAUUUUUCUUUUUCAAUUCGAUAUCGUUUUAAAAUAAAUGAAAAUGAUGAUCAACAAAUAAGAGAAAAUUAUUUAUUAAAUUCAUUUUCAACUGAUUUUUGGUUAAAUCAACGAAAAUGGUUUAUUCAAUUUUGA